ACAGGCAUUUAAAAGUCGAGACCUGGCCAGUCUAUGAGUCUCUGUGGUUGCACGUCAGUUGGAUAGUGUUAACUUAGGUGUACAUUAUACUUACAGAAUGGGUUACGAGCUGGACAUGAUCAACAGAGAUCCUAAUGGUCUAAAUGACCAUGUGAGGGUUAUGUUCGAUGAAGUCCUUGCUGAACCAGAUGGCGCCCACUCCAUUAACUGUGUCUGGAAUUGCGCCUAUAAAUGUUUCAACUGCUGCAAAGGCUGCUGCUACAAGUUCUUGACAUUACUGUGUGGCAUACCGCUAGCCAUCUGCUGGGGAUGUGAGUUCGCCUACAUUUCCUUCCAACAUGUCUGGUAUAUAACUCCCUGCAUGAGAUCUUUCAUGAUCAACUGCGGAUGUCUUCAGAAGUUCUACGGCACAUGUCUACAAUGUUAUUGCCAACCUUUGUGUGAAGCCUUUAGUUUCUUGCUCAGUAACAUUAAAGUGACCAACUACAAGGGAUAGCUAAACAACCAACCCUAAUACAUGGAACUACAAUAAGCAUCAAGAGUUAUGCAAUGUCUGUCUUUGAGGUCCCAAUCAAAGUGUUACCCAAUCAAACAGAAUAGACAACGGAGAACAAUGAAAACAACUUCUAAAUUU